AUGUUGUCUUUGGUAUUCGCGGUAAUAUCGCUGUAUCGAAAUAUACCAUCAGAUAUAUUUGAAGCACUUGAUGUUUGGCAACGUUGUCCACCAACAUUGGUUCAGCUACUCGCUAAAUACAGAGCAAACGAUGUGAAUGAAAGUAAAUCAUGUACCAUUUAUAAUACGCCCCUUGUAUUUCAUGUAGAACAUGGUUAUGUAUCCAUUGAGCGAUUGUGUACAACGUCAUUAUUAAUAAUAGAAAAGCAUUCAGUAUUACGAGCAAAGUUAGCAUAUGAUAUAGAUAGUGAAUGUCUAAAACAAUCAAUAAAACCGAUGCUAAGAAAUGAACAGUAUUAUUCAUUUGAAUUAAGUCGAAUAUUUACUAGCGAGGAGCUUGAUAAAAUUUUAUAUAACGAAGACACAAGCAGUUUAUUUUUUAAUUUGGAACAAGGCAUUAUAUUUCGCUGCGAUGAAAAAAUUUUGGUGAGAAACGAUAUUAUCAUAUUUAACUUUCAUCAUAUUGCAUUUGAUGAAAGUUCCGUUAAUCCAUUUGUAAAUGAUUUUCGAUUAGACUAUAUGAAUAAUGCACUUUAUAUUAAAACACAAUCAUUUGAAUAUAUCGAUUAUUCAAUAUAUGAACGAGAUAUGAAUAUGAAUGAGGCUAGGCAAUAUUGA